CAAUGCGAUGUCUUCUUUGAUAACGUUACAGAGAGCAGACUGCUGGGAUUGGUGGAGUCUACAAAAGAGCAUGCAAUCUUUAUUUAUACCCAUCGAAGGAUGGCUAUUACUGCUGAUGACGUGUCGCUGGAGGACAUCAUACCCAUCUCCCUCGACUUUGCUGUUGUGGAGAUUUCUUCACCAGAGGAACUUGCAGUCGUGGGUGCUGAUACUAGAGUGAGAGUAAGCUACCAGGAGGAGGAAUUAGAGCUCCGACUUCCUUUUGGGUCCCACUCCCGGCUCUUCCUGAGUGAGGUCAACAGGGCGUGGAGUGAUGUUUGCAAGACGACCACACACGCACCCAGGUUCGAGUGGAUCAGCAAGUACCACAAAAAUACCGGAGGCCGGGGAGUUGUCAAACAGGCCCCCUCUCCCCUCAGCUCAACACUCACUCAAGUCAACGAGCACAAGAAAACAGAGAAACCAUCAGACCAAAAGGGAUCUUUAGAAAGGGACAAAGGGUCUUCUAACAGUGGCACGCCGAAGUCCAGAGCAUAUUCCAACCAAGAGAGUCCGGGCCUCUCCAGUCGGGAGGACCGGGAUGACCUGGUGCGCUCCUCCAGCCACACCACGUCCAACAAAGCAACGAUACUCGCCAUGCCGCAGUUCGGCCUGCGCGACAACCUCAUCAAGUGUGAGCUGAUGAAGAAUGAGGACAUUUACACUUACCUACAGAACUUCAGUUUUUUUCUCGGCACAUACAAUGUGAACGGACAGACACCGAAGGAAAGCCUCUUUCCUUGGCUGAACUGCACUUCAGACCCUCCUGACAUAUACUGCGUGGGUUUUCAGGAGCUUGACCUCAGCAAAGAGGCUUUCUUCUUCAACGACACCCCCAAAGAGCUGGAGUGGACGAAGGCCGUGUCCGAGGCCUUGCAUCCAGAUGCCAAGUAUGCCUUCGUGAAGUUGGUGCGUCUGGUCGGUAUCAUGCUGAUCUUCUAUGUGAAGAAUGAGCAUGCGGCGUUCAUCUCUGAUGUGGAGGCUGAGACAGUAGGCACAGGCAUCAUGGGGAGGAUGGGAAAUAAGGGUGCUGUGUCCAUCCGUUUUCGCUUCCACAACUCUGACAUCUGCGUGGUCAACUCUCACUUGGCUGCCCACAUCGAAGAAUACGAGAGACGUAAUCAAGACUACAAGGACAUCUGCAGUCGUCUCCAGUUUCGCCAGCUCGACCCCAACCAGCCCCCACUCACUAUCAUGAAGCACGAUGUGAUUUUAUGGAUUGGAGACCUCAACUACAGAAUCACUGAACUUGACGUCUCCGAUGUGAAGGAGCUAAUCAGCAACAAGGACUUUGAAACGCUGCACAAUUAUGAUCAGCUCAAGAGGCAGAUCGAUGAGGAGGCCGUGUUUGUUGGCUUUGUGGAGGGAGACAUUGAUUUCCAGCCCACCUAUAAAUAUGACACCGGCUCUGACUUGUGGGAUACGAGUGAAAAAUGCCGCGUGCCAGCAUGGUGUGACCGUAUCCUGUACAGAGGGAAGAACAUCGUGCAAAAGCAUUAUCAGAGUCACAUGGCUCUGAAGACCAGUGAUCAUAAACCAGUCAGCUCCCUGCUCCAGAUCGGGAUUAAGAGAGUAAAUCCUGAUGACUAUAAGAGGACCUUUGAAGAGAUUGUACGCAAUAUAGACAAAAUGGAGAAUGAGUGUAUUCCAUCUGUAACCUUAUCCAAGCGUGAGUUUCACUUUACGGAUCUGAAAUACAUGCAGCACCAGGCCGAAACUUUGAGCCUCUUCAAUGACGGGCAGGUCCCGUGUCAGUUUGAGUUUAUCCAGAAACCCAAUGAGUCCACAUACUGCAAGGCCUGGCUCACGGCCAAUCCCUCCAAAGGCUUCAUCGCCAACGGUGGGACUGUGGAGAUUGACUUUGAGGUUUUUGUAAACCGUUCAACCGCGCCUGAACUUAACUCUGGCCAGGAGCAGAUCGAAGACAUCCUGGUGCUCCACUUGGAGCGUGGGAAGGACUACUUCAUUUCUAUCUCAGGAAACUACCUGCCCAGCUGCUACGGUUCCUCCAUCCAUUCAUUGUGUCAGCUUAAGGAGCCAAUCCAGGACAUGCCACAAGAGACUCUUCGAGAAAUGGCGGAGAAGUCUGGAGAUGAGAACGCUGAAAACACAGAAAAGCCUCUAGACAUUCCUAAAGAACUGUGGAUGAUGGUGGAUCACUUGUUCCGCAGUGCACUCAAACAGGAAGACAUAUUUCAGCAACCUGGGCUCCGGAGUGAAUUUGCAGUGAUAAGGGAUUGCCUUGAUACUGGCAUUCCAGAUUCUCUUCCGGGCAGUAACCACUCGGUAGCAGAGGCCUUGCUUCUCUUCCUAGAUGCCCUCCCGCAGCCUGUGAUUCCUUUCUACUUUUACCAGCAGUGCCUAGAAAGCUGCUCCAAUGCCAGUCAGUGUGAGAAAAUCAUUUCCAUGCUACCUCAGUGCCAUAAAAAUGUGUUCAACUAUUUAGCUGCCUUUCUCCGUGAGCUGUUGAAGAAUUCUGCUACCAAUCGAUUAGAUGUCAACAUCUUGGCCACCAUCUUUGCCUCCUUGCUCCUGAAGUCGCCUACGAAGCAGGAUUUUGCAGAAAAGAGGAAGACUCAGGAGUUCUUCCAGCACUUCCUGGCCUAAGGCUCCUCCUAGAUGGAGGACUUCUCCUUGCCCUUCACGCUGAAGCUGAACACUACAAAUUGUACAGUCCCGUAUUGAAAUAACAAUGGAAUAAUUUCUUAUAUUCUUAGAUUGCUCUUUGUAUAGAUAUAUAGUAUAAUUAUUGUAAGUGACGGGUCUUAUCUGAUCUAAGCUUGUUUCACAGAUGGCAAUGUUUGUGAUAUGUUGGCACAAAGUAAAAUGUAUAUCUGGCAAAUCUGUAGAGACCUAACCUUUUUUUAUUUGUAUUUUUUAUUUAAAAAAUAAUGUGUAUUUGAAUGUUUGUGAUUUCAACAGCAUAUUGUUUUAUAUAUAAAAAUGUUGAAAACAA